CAGGGAAAUUCGGAGCUACGGUGCCGGCGAUUCGCCCGAUCUGGCCUACCACGACAUUUACAAUUUUCUUGUUAAUCGUGUUACACUGGCAAAGCCCUCAAAGCUUACAAGAGCCUGGAAGCUUAUAAAUAUUUUGUUGCGGGAUGGGUAUCCCAACUAUACCUCUGGAAGGUUCCGAAGAAGGAAGUCUACUUGAUAACCUCACGGAUUCACCAUCCAGAAUAUCUGAGAUAACAUCAUUCUGAGAGAAAGAGGGAGAGAGAGACAGAAGAAAAGACAAAGAGAUAGACAGAAGGACAAACACGGGAACAGAUAAAUUGGCGAUGGUCCGAUGGAAGUGUUUUUCCCCGGAGAGUGAGUAGUACUGGGAUGCAUCCAGGACAGAUGUGAAGUGAGCGAUGUGCUGAUAAGGAAUGAUGUUUCCACGGCAUGAGUUACACAGCGUUACAGAGUGACUCGGACUGACAGAUGGAGUGAUGUGGAGUGACGUCCCAUCGGAGUGACAUGCAGUUAUACGCCAUGACAUUCAGAGUGACAGCUGCAGUGAUGAUGAUGUGUCCAGCAGUGGGCUUACUGAGGUUCUUCUUAUAGUGACUGAGAACCUGGUAGAGUUCUCAGAGUGCUUCAGAGACACGCAGGUGUACAGCGCUAGACUCGGAGUGACAGAGUGACUGCAGUGGCGUGACGUUUGACUGGAGAGACAUGCAUGUGGAGACGUUUCUAGCGCUGUUUUGACUGAAGUUCUUCUCCAGGUGGUCCAGAGAAAUCUCGGAGACUGAAAGUGAUGGAGUGACAUUUGGAGUUUGUGGAGUGAUUGCCAGGUCAGACUGACGUGUGGAGAUACACUCUGGGAGUGACGUCGGGAGUGACGUCGGGAUUGGCAUCAGAAUUAGCGUCGGGAUUGGCGCCAAGAUUGGCGUUGGGAUUAGCGUCGGGAUUGGCAAGACGUCUCCAGGACAUUGAGUCUCAUCGCUAUGCAGAGCGUGCUCUCCUCCAGCAGUGCCUUAUGAUGCACAGAUGGAUGGUGGCGUGGAAAAGGCCAGACCUGCUGUGUGGACUUUACCUGCGAGUGCUGCUGUGGCUGGGUGGAGUGGGAGUGGCCUAUGGUAGGGGUGUGGCCCCGACUGAACCCUCAGCUGUGUGUGACUGCAUCAAGCAAGAACGCUAUGCUCGGAAUUACGACUACAUGGAGGGAGGAGACGUGCGGAUUCGCCGACUGUACAGCCGCACGCAGUGGUUCCUCAGCAUCGACGAGAACGGAAACAUCAACGGCACACAAAACCCCAACAACUGCUACAGUAUCCUGGAAAUCCGCACGGUCUCAGAGGGGGGCGUCCUCGCAAUCAAAGGGGUGAAGAGUCAGUAUUACAUUUCCAUGAGCAGAUCUGGAAUACUGCAGGGGAAGAAGGAGUACAGUGACAGCUGCAACUUCAAGGAGGUGAUUUUAGAAAACUUCUACACGGCUUACUUAUCAGAGAAAUGGAGUAAAACUGGGAAGGACAUGUACAUCUCUUUGGCACAAAAGGGCCGACCUCUGAAGGGCAAAAAGACUCGCAAAGAGAGUAUCGCCUCACACUUCAUCCCUCGUACGUGCAAGGAGGACGACAGGACACCAGCCUGAGCCACCUACAUGCACGCACACACACACACACACACACACACACACACACACACACACACACACACACACACCUGUUUAAAAUCUAUGUCUCUGAUGUGUUACUGUAUGUGUGCACUGUUCCUGUCAGACAUCAGAAAUGUAAAAUGUUCUUCCAUUUAAACUCGGGCUGAUUUCUAAAUACGUGAUGAAACACUUAAACAGAGUGAAGGAUGUGUGUGUGUGUGUGUGUGUGUGUGUGUGCGCAAAUGGCCAGAUGACAAAUUCUACUGUAUUCUGUUAAAUGUGUAACUUUUUAAUGUAAGUUAUCCUUUAUUAUUAAUAAUAAUGACUUCAGAACUUCUGUCCCAAAUGCUUGCCUAGGUGUUCUCAUUAGAAGACUUUUUAUUACACUCUCGUGUUUGGGACACAGCCAAGUGCCAGUUAUAUAACACUGUUAUGUAAAGCCACAGUCAUAAACAUGAUCACGAUUGGAUCAGAGAGUAAACAGUGGAGUCUCACUGCAUUACAGCUUCAUUGCAGGCUGUGUUCAGUGAAAUGAAGGUGUGGUGUUUCAUUAACGUGUGUGUUAUAAAGCUAACAGAAAGAACGCACACUGCCAAGGAACACCCUCAUGUUUAUGACUCUGCGGGUUUGUCUAUACUUCCUGCAGCUUCUCUCAUUAUUUUAUUAUCUCUAAUGAAAAAAGAUGUUUUGUUAAUGAUGUAUUUUAUUAAAACGCACUGGGACGCAUCCAUGUUCACAGUGUUCACUGUCGUGUGUUUUUAUUUCAGUCAGCAGUGUGUUCUGUGUCUCAGCGUAAAGCUCCUGUGUUUGGUAUUUAUGGUGGGUUUUUUAAUAUUCUGAAUAAAUAACCGGAGAGAUGAUG